AAACAUUUGGCAUUGGUCGAUGUGUAGUUGGGUUUCAUCAAUGAAAUUAGCCUGACCUGCCUUAAGCGCGUUCAAUUCAACAAACUAUUAAUUUCCGCGUGUCAUUCUGGGUAGUUGCUAUCUGACAGCGUGCUGCGUUGUGCUGUGACUUUAAACGCCGACUCACGGGGCGAGUGUCCUGUAUGACAUUGCAACGAGAAAGCGUAGGCCUCGGACGGAUGGAUCUCGUCAGGUUUAGUGGACUCGCUCCUAAAGAGGAAACUUUGUGACAUGGUAAAAAUAUUCUAAAUAAUGAUGACCAGGUUUAUCAAGGAACACUCGGUGAUCAGAAAAUAGUCCCGAUUACACACACUUUGUGUUGACAUGUGAAGGCUUUUGAUCGCCUCAAAAGAGGACAGUUUCUGAUUUUUCAAGUUUCUUUAUCGGAAGUUGCUAACGUUUGAGCGACAGCCGGUGAUUGUGUGUUUGGUGGUUUAAGUUUAGCAUGGCCUCACAUUGUGAACAUUUACCUGAAACUUUUGACGACGACAUGCAAUACGCUAUAGCCUAGGCAGUUCUGCCAUAAGUCAUAGAGGCUGAUAUUUCAACACCCAAGGAAGCCGAGAUAGAUUGCCACGGGAUGGCGCUAGAAAGGUCAAGGUCACCUACUUGUGACGUCAUCAUGAGGAAGGAGAACACGUGGAAUGUUUCCGUGGCAACGGAACACCCGGAUAUGACGGAAGAAGCAAACCUAAAAACAACCUACGGACCAGGAAAAAAAGGAGGCAACUUUGCACUUCCGCUUGGCGCAAAGAUUUCGAUACCAGAUGGAGUGUUCAGUAAAAAAGACAGUAUCACAUGCCAGGUGGCGCCACCCUCCGGUAGAUGGCGCCAUGUACCAGUGCUGCCGCCUAGUGAGCAUAUGGCGAGCGAGAUAUUCAUCUUGUCAUCUUCCGUACACCCCCUGAAGAAGGCAGUGAUUGUUCAACUGCCAUAUUACUACGUUGACCUUGAGCAUAACGAGCUCAAUGUCAAGGGCAGAUGGAAGGACGAGGCGGAAUGGGUAGACGUUGGUUUCCUCAAGAAGGAGGACAGCAGCAUGCCGUCUGUCGAGCUUGAGAUCGCCCGUCUGGGGGUGUUUGUCGUCACCUUCACCCCCAAGAGAGAGAUGUUCCCGGUGUCCCCCCAGGGCUGCCUGUACAACGCCAGGCUCAACAGACACAUCAGUGUCAGGUUCCCCAAGAAGUCCAUCGACACCAGCAUGCAUUGUUCCAUACAGAUAACGCCGAUACCAUCUGACAAAUUAGCAUUUUCGAAAAAAAACUUCCCCGUGGACUGUGGUGAGCUGUUGACAGCCACUGAGUUCGUGGACAUCACGACCACACUCCCGUGCAACUUCCGGCGGCCAGUCACAGUCAAACUUCCGCUUCCGGCCGGUGUUGAGGUCGAGAAUGACAACGGUACCGACAUCGCCGUGGUGGUAAAGACGGACAAUGGCUGGAGCGUUGUGGACAGCAACUACAAGUUCUCCCGAACAACCGUCUCCUGUGAUGUCAAAACACUGUCAAGAUUCUGUGUGUGUCAGUCUAAACCAGACCGGAAGCAGAAAAUGAAGGACGCCAUCCCAAUUUUGGAUGGACGCAGUAAUAAAGAAAAAGGGGAAGUAACCGUGUUCUUAUCUCUCAAAGAUAAGUCAUGGAUGGGUGUCAUAGAAUGUUUCCCAGAAUUCAAAACGGAAGUGAGAGCCAGCGCCCGGUCGUCGGUCGGAUUCCGGCAUAUAGCGAAACAGGAACUCCCCAAAGAACCAGAACAGAGGUUUACCUCCAGAAGGCGACCCCCGCCGCCUCAGCAGCCCCAGGCAAAGGAGCCAGAAGGAUUUGAGAUCUACGAUGGCUGUAAGUGGGAGGUUGAAGUCACGGGGGAUGUGCGAGUGAGCGGAGAGAGUGACUAUUUUGAUAAUAAUCAACUGCAAUUCUUUAGGAACCUACCCGAGAGUUAUAGAAGGUUUGUAAUAGAACCACGAACUAACGAGGAGCGGGCUUUGCAAGGUGUUAUAAACUUGGUCCCUGUUGGUAUCGAGGAGCAGAAGGCUCGGGAACGUUUGUCCUUCACAUUCAAGUUUGAACUGGAUGAGGAAAAGGUCAAGGCCUAUUUCAAACCAGAUGAACCGGAACCGGAACCUGAGCCAGAGAAACCAACUGUUACCUUUGACCUUCCGUUGGAACCAAUCAAGGAAGAGCGACCCCCACCUCCAGUGAAAGUGCGAACCUUCUCAGCCAGUGCUCUCGAGAGGUUGACGCGACCAAUACGACCCAACAAGAUCCCCGAAAAGGAGUCACGUGUCCUGACCGGAAGAAGCUUGAUGAACAUCGCACGUGUUGUACCCGAAGGACUUACUCUGGCCGUUCACCUUGACCUUCCAGACAGCACCAUCACUGGUCUUGGAUUCGACGCCAUCAGUAACGGCCUUGGCAUGGCCGACGUCACAUACAAAAUUUUACUGUACUGGAAGCGACGCCUGAAAGACAAACGCAACGGCGCUGUGGCGGAGUUGACCGAAGCUCUUCGGGACAUGGGGAGACCCGAAGUCGCGGACACAGUUCAAGAGAUGCACGAUAAGAACAAGGAAAUAGGACCUGACUGCUUCCACCUCAUCAUGUAGUGACGUCAUUAAGGGGAAAUAAUCAAUCGGGUAGUCUCCAUACAGGGUCUUUAGGAGUUAGGAAACCAGUCCUAAAAAAGAAAACGUAGAGCGGAAUUUGGUAUUAUGGAUCGUCAACGCAAAUUCCAGACUGGAUUAAAACUUCGAAAUGACGUCAUCAGAAAAGGGAGAUAAUAAGUUAUUCAUCGGGUCGUAUCCACCCAAGACAGAUUGCAUCAUGAUCGUCCCAUGAAAUUAGUAAAUCGGUGAAUACGGUUAUUGCCAGACGCAACUACAUAACUUGAGUUUGUAUAUUUUACAAAGUACCUCUGGGAUUACUUAAUUUAAGGGACAGUUUAGCCUAAUUAAUUGGCAGAUUAGCAUUGAAGCUGUGCUUAGUACAAGAAAGCUUUUCAUGUGGCAUGUUAUGUCUGGCUUUCUAAUCAGCAGACGGGGGACAUUUCAAGGCAUUUCUGAACUGUACACAGUACACUUCCAUUCUUAUAUUACGUCCAGAAAAAAAUAAUCGUUUGUCAUCUGCUAAGAAUCAUAAGCACUGGCCCGAUUGUGUGGAUCUCCGAGAGUGUUUGUGUGAAUUUAGGAGCAGUCAGUUUCGCUUCGGCAUAUGUCUCUUAUUGUCUGUAAUUUCUUUCAAUGCUCAUCCAAAUCUGAGUGUAGUUUACAGAUAUGUCUUGUCCAUACAAAAUUGUAUUGUUGUGAAACAACACCAAAGAAUAGAUACCACGUGGUUGGUUGAAUACGGCUCCCAGUCCUUCGUUGCGCCAGGUUUGUCAUGUCACAGUGAUGCAUCGUACACAUUGUUUAACAGAUGUCAUUAUUAGUUAUCCAAUAUUAUGUCAACUGUUAACCAUUUUCCCGGUGGUACUUGUGGCCCAGUCGUCUAAGGCGCCUCAAUUCGUUGUGCAGAGUUGCGUCCCUUGGGCAUGCCAGAAACCUAUAAUUGGGGGCACGAAUCCUGGUUCGCCCCGAUUAUGUUUCUAGGUUUGUCAGCACCAUACCCGUGCUCGUGGGUUUCACCGAAGUGGUAAAUGUCUGAGACCUGCAUCACUUCGGGCUUUCCUCCCACAUUAAGGUGACACGCCGUGAUAUAACUUGAAUAAUGUUAAAAGCGGCGUUAAACCCAACUCACUCACUCACUAUAAUGUAUAUGUGCAUCAGCCCUUGUGAUAAACUGUCGUGUGUCAUUUUUAUUGAUGUGCUUGUGAUAUAUGUAUCAAUCUGUGAUAAAACUGUGAAAAGAUAAUUCCUCAUCAAAGCAAUAACUUAUACUUAUAGCUUAUACUGGCUCUCGUCAGUCAUAGCAUCUUGCAGUAAGUAAAUUGUUGGGCUGCAAGCUGGUUAUACGUUCGCUGCUCGCGCCGGCGUCCUUGUGAUUCUGGGUUCGAAUCCCAGAUUGGUAAUGCAUAUGAUCCUCUGUAUGUCAUCACCAUACUAAUGCUGACUGGAGAUCGCCUUCGACCUGAGUUACUUACUGAGUUCGUCCAUCAUUCAUCUUCCCGAGGCAAGAAAGUUUACUGACAAUAAAACUCCAAUUUCCACCCUUGCCGAACUAGGCUGGUAUUAUGGUUACAUUUUGGCUGGACUAACGGGUCUAUGCAUAGUCCAAUCAAAAUCGCGCACCGAAAUCGAAAUCCGGUUUGUAAACUGUCGUGC